AUGGAUUAUCUAACCAAAUGCCCCAAUACUGGAGAUUUGGUUAAACACAAGGGAAAUCGGCCAUUCCUAUCAGCUAACUGGCUCACUGGGUGGCUGAGAAUUGAGUUUGUGGAGAAGAGUGAUAUGAAGAAGCAAAAGAAACUCAAAGCAAUGCUUGAGGCAUGUAUUCCUGCAGUAUUUGAAUCCUCAACAGAGGAUCCAGAGGAAGAGGAGGAGCAGGUGGAAGAGCUACUGGAUGUGGAGCCUCAGGAAUCUGAGCCAGAGCUUCAGGAAUCUGAGCUUGAGCUGGAGUCUGAGCUAGACAGUGAGGAAGAUGAGGAGGUAGAAAAUGGUUUACAAAUGCUCAGUAAGCAGGAAAUGGAGGUGUUUCAACAGCUAAAGAAGAGGGAGGCAAAGGAGAUCUCCAAGAUCUUCAAGCAAAGGAAGGAAUGGGAGGCCAAACUGGAACAGCACAUCAGAGAUCUCCAGGAAAUGCUCACAGAGCUAGAACAAAAAUGUAAAAAAUCAAAUGAGGAGCUGCUGCAGGGUGUGACAGACAGAUUGAGAAGGAUAUUCUUAGAUAACAUUGCAGAAGAGGAAGAGAGUCUUUGUUCUGUUUGCUGGACUUUAGAAUCAAACAUAGUCACCAUUGAGUGUGGACAUGGUGCUUGCUUGUCUUGUCUCCAGAAAAAAUCUUCUCUACCUUUCUGUUGCAAAAGAUGCUGGGAAUUCUCCCAGCUGAAAAGUGUUCAGGCUGACAUUGCUAUGAACCCUGAAGGAGAAGGCAUAUGUGAGCUGCAUCGAGAAGACCAGAAGUUGUAUUGUGAAAAUGAGAAGACACUGCUCUGUGUGACCUGCUCUAAAUCAGAGGAUCAUGAGAAUCACAUGCAUUGGCCCAUUGCAGUGGCUGCUGUGGGCUAUAGGAAGAUGCUCCAGAUAGAAAUGAAAAUGUUGGACUAUAGUGCAAAAAAAAUUCAGGAAUUUCAAUGUCAAGAGAAGAAGAAAUCUCUGGCAUGGGCUGUAAUGUGGAGUGAUGAUAGAGAUAUCGGCAGAAAAAUUUUUGAGGAGAAAAUGCAAGUUAUAUGGGAAUAUCUAAAGAAGGAGAAAACAGAGGAAGAAAAAGUGGAAACGGCAAAAAUAGAGGACCUCGUAAUGGGGAUAGACAAUGAAAAGUUAAUUAAGUUCUUUCAGAAGCUGCAGCAAAUGGAAGUUAUUCAGGAACAUGACAUAAUGGAGAAACGGAAGGAAUGGGAAGACAUGACGUCCAGAUAUGUCAGAUUUCUAAGAGACAAAAUCACAAUAUUGGAGGAAAAGACUCAGAAAACGAAUGUGGAACUACUAAAAGUAAGAUUAAUAGACCCUCACAAGGCCUCAUCUGAACUAUUGAAGACUUGUGAUUCCCUCAGCUUUUUUGAAGAUAAAAAGGGAACUAUCAUAAUUCUACCCGACUCAGGAAAGACUUAUGCUGUUUAUAUUAAUGGUAAUCUUCAAGCUAAUUCCAUUAGAUUGAAAGCAUUCUUGAUGAAAACUUCAUCUCAGGAGUAUGUAUAUACAAGAAAUGUUACUUCCUGGACUACCACUUUUGAAAAAUAAAUCAUUCAAUCCUCUUUGCCUCAAUUAGAAAUGCUGUAUCUGCAAAUGGCCAAUAAACAGAGGUUAGAGUAUUUCUGAAUGGUUCUAAAAAUACUUUAUUUUAUAAUUUUUGCAUUUUGUCAAGUACUCAUUGUUUAUCCCAUUUUUACCUGGUCAGUCAUAGAACAAAAAAUCUUAAAAUCUUGCAUAUAUACAACCUUUUUCUUCUACCUCAAAAUUCUGUGUAUAAAUAUUAGAUCUGCAAAUGUGAAAAAAGAUAGCAUUUUAAUUUCAAAAUAAUUAGUUCAAUAUAUUUAGUAUAUAAUUGAAUCUACUUACAUCAAUCUGUGAAAGGGGUCUUCAGGUAACGCCAGAUAGUCACUUUAUAACUUAAACAAGAAAAUUAAUGGCUUCUCUAAAACCUUAAAAGCCUGGAAAGCAUUUGGAAGUUGGUGGAACUUAACAAUUAGAUUUGAGAAUUUAUGGGAACUGAUUUAAAUCCAUUUUACAUUUGUCCACAUUAUUUCACUAAAUGAGAUGAUUGUAUUUGAUAUAAAAAGAUGCUCUUACUGAGAACCUGAGAACCAUUCCUGAUUUUCUACAAAGGCUAACUUUCUAAACCUUUACCAUUAGAAACUGAAAGUUCUUUUUAAAGUAAUGACAUGAAAUACAUUUGAGGUGGCAAAACUCUUUGACUUGUAAAUGGAAAUAUCUCCACAUUGCCUACUUCUGAGGGUUGU